UCCCCACCACUAUACAAAAGCAAAGGAAAAAUUUCUGCGUGUGGUCGUGUUUUGUGUUCGAAUCGAGAAAUCCCAAAACGCCAGCCAUCCGGUCUAAAACAACUAAAUAAAAACAUACCGUUGAAUUGGCCGGAUUCGGUUUAGGAACUUAGAGCACUGAUCGAGUGGAAAUUACAAUCAAGGUGGACGUUGCUAAUAAGUGUUCACGAAUGAGAGCGCAAAGCAGAUGGCGGAGAGCGUCCCGCGCUUCAGUGUGUGUGUGUGUGAACGAGUAGAAAGCGGCGGUAAAAACCUUUGCGUGUAACCCAUAAAAAACGGCGGAUUUUAAUCUAAAAAGAUAUGUCUUAUUGAAAAAUACGUAAGAAUUGAUUUACGCAGGGAAAUUAAAAAAUCCCUGAAUAACAAGAGCAACAGUCGCCAAGGAGCAGAAUCGGCGGACGAAAACAAAAACGCUUUAAAACGCAGUCGCCGAUACAGAAAGUGCCAGCGUGUGCGUGUGCAUAUGUGUACGUAGUAGUGGGUAAAGAGAACGGUGGAAAAAAUAAAAACUGUGGAAGUGCAAAACGCGCGGCUGAUAAAGAUUGUGAUAAUCACACAGAAUAUAAAAGAAAAAAAAACAACCAAAUUGGUUGAAUAAUAUUUAAGCCAACGCCAGUGCUGCAAAAAUCGGUCCGCAUUAUCAUCGGAACGUUCAGUGUUGCACAUCGCUGCCGCCCCACGCAUAAUCCAACACUUUCCCCUCCGCCCCCACACAUACACGGAUUUGGAUUCCUACGUCUGCAUUAUUAUAUUGCGCUUAUUUUCAGUCGCUAGAUUAACGAUGCGACACGAUCAGUCACUUGACCUUUUAAGUUAUUUUUGUUAGUUGUUGGAUUAUUUUUUGACUACGUAAGUUGUACGUAGAGUAGUAUAAACCACUUGGGAUCUAGAAGAGAAGAGUGGAAAUCGCGAAGGAAUUUACCAUGAGUCGCCUGCAAAAGCAACAGUACGGGAGCUUGAGCGGCCCAAGUAAGUCGCGUCGCAAAAAUCAGCAGAACGCCCACGAAUUGGGGUCACCAUCCGACGGGGAUCAUGAUCAGGUGGUGCGAAAUCAUCUAAAUGGCCAUCUCGUGGUCAAUGGCAAUGGCAAAAAGCGGAAGAAUAGUAAAUCUGAUAUGUUGACCAAUGGCAAAAAGUCCAAACCGAAUCCAGAGGGUUCUGGUUCCGGGUCUGGAAAGUCCUUGGUCUAUAACAAUAAUAAUAAUAACAACAACAGCAUAAGUGCCACAAAUGGGCAGUACAACAAUAGCAGCAGUAAGAUGACAUCAUCUUCUGGCAGGGAUUACAAUUAUCGUGAUACCAUAUCACCGCCCACACCUCCUUCACCACCAUCCACACAUGUGGCUGAGAUAGUUUGCAUUUCGGAUGCGGAGAGCGACGAAGAAAGGGAUCCGGAUCGAGACUACUAUGACCAGGAUACGGAAGAAGAGGAACCAAACGGGACAGAAAUCGAAAACUCGCACCCCAGCAAGUCGAAGAUCAAGUCCAAUAAUGCUGCUGCAGCGGCGGCGGCAGCAGCAGCGGCAGCAGCAGCAUCCAUGGCCUCGUCUUCGGCCACGCCCUCCUACGCCAUGCCCACCAGCAACAGUACGCCCCUGGAUUUGGACAACGAGGCGCAUCAACGGGACUUGGAGGCGGUCACCGAUCUGCGAUCCUAUGUCAAAUUGUACAGUGACGAGGCCGUCAGUCUGAACGAUUUCAAAAUAAUACGGGUUCUUGGAACAGGGGCCUACGGACGGGUUUUCCUCGUUCGCAAGCUGACAAGACACGAUGCCGGAAAAUUAUAUGCAAUGAAAGUUCUCAAUAAGAUAACGGUAGUCCAGAAGCGUAAAACCGCCGAGCACACUAAAACGGAGCGCGUGGUACUGGAGGCCGUUCAGCGCAGUCCCUUCCUCGUGAGUCUCCACUACGCGUUUCAAUCCUCGUCGAAGCUAUAUCUGGUGCUAGACUUUGCUAAUGGCGGAGAGUUGUUUACGCAUCUUUACCAUGCGGAGCACUUUGAGGAGUCUCGAGUUCGGGUGUACAUAGCCGAGGUGGUGCUAGCCCUGGAGCAGCUGCAUCAGCUGGGGAUCAUCUAUCGGGACAUUAAGCUGGAGAACAUUCUGCUCGAUGGCGAAGGGCACAUUGUACUCUCCGAUUUCGGACUGUCAAAAAUACUUACGGCGGAGAAUGAGUAUAGAGCGCACAGUUUCUGCGGCACUCUGGAGUACAUGGCACCGGAGAUCAUCCGGACGGGACCACCGGGGCACGAUAGUGCUGUAGAUUGGUGGUCGGUGGGUGUGCUCACCUUUGAGCUGCUUACCGGCGCCUCGCCAUUCGCCACGUCCGAUGGACAGAGUCAGCAGUCGGAAAUCUCUCGACGGAUUCAGAAGGAGCAGCCGGUGAUUCCAUCGUCAUUCAGCGCCAAUGCCCGAGACUUUGUGCUGAAGAUGCUGGAGAAGAACCCUAAACGGCGGCUGGGUGGCAACCAUCGGGACGCCAGUGAGAUCAAGGAGCAUCCCUUCUUCCACGGCAUCAACUGGCAGGAGUUGCGGAACAAGCGCCGCAAGGCUCCCUACAAGCCCCCCCUCACCGGCGAGGACGAUGUACAGAACUUUAGCAACGAGUUCACCGACCAAGUUCCCGAAGAUCCCGAGUGCGAUGCGCCGCCCAGUCGGAUUCGUCUCUUCCGUGGCUACACCUACGUAGCUCCGGAGCAUUUAGAGCAGAUGCGACGGGAUAACCACUGUCAGAUCCAAUACUGCAAUCCAGGACUAUUGAAUAUACCCUCGCGACCGGAUGACCUUGAAUUGGGCACCCGUACCGUCAGCGGCGCCUAUGGUACUUGCCACUUUGUGGUGGACAGCUCCUCGGAGAUGGUCUUUAUGGCCAAGGUCAUACCGCUGUCCAAGUUCCGUCCCUCCGAGGUGGACGCACUAAUCUCGUGUGCCCUGGACACAAACAGUCACAAGAACAUCGUUAGUUACCACGGAACGUUUAGGGACAAGUGCGAGACUUGGAUCAUCAUGGAGUACCUGUGUGGCGAGGAGUUGACCGCAUCCCUCCGUAUGGAUGAGCACUCGUGUCGGGAGAUCUUUCUGCAACUGGUGAUGGCUGUGCGCCACAUCCACUCCAAGCACUUUAUACACGGUGACCUGAAGCCGGAGAACGUCAUGUUCGAAAGCCGGGAGGAUAAGAACGUCAAACUGGUCGAUUUUGGCAAUGCCUGCUACAACAAUCGUUUCCAGAGCUGGAAGGACAAGCCACGCUACACGCUGGACUAUGCUGCUCCCGAAAUGCUUGCGGACGCGAAUCUCGUUACUUAUUCGCCAGCGGUGGAUAUCUAUGGACUUGGGGCCACUCUCUACACCAUGCUGGUGGGUCAUCAGCCGUACAGGCAGAACUUGGACGAUGUGGACCACUCCGCCAGUGCCCACCACGAGCUACGCAAGCGAAUGCGCCGGGAGACGUUCAAUCAGCGCUCCAAGCGCUGGGAGAAUGCAAGUCCAUCGUUCCGGCAUUUGGUGGGCUGGUGCCUGCAGCGAAAUCCGGCCGAUCGACCUACAUUGGCAGACAUUCUAGAGAGCGAGUGGCUGCAGUACGGCGGCAACGAUCCGGAUGUGGACAUCAUUGUGCCGCCAGAGCAGCAGGUGGUGGUAGACCUAAGUGAGGACACAAUGGAGCAGCCGUCGUCAGGUAUGUUAGCCGAGCAGGAGCAGCCCGAAUCCACGCUCGACAAGUCAGCGGAGGAUGAGGGCAUCACUCUGCUAAUGGAUGAGACUGUGCCGGCCAGCGAAUCUAAAACCAAUGCAGCCACCUUAACUGCGGCAGUUGCUCCUCCGUUCGACGACGAAGACUUGGUAGUCCACGAACGAUUUGACCCGGUCUUUGAGUGUCCGACAGACUUCUACGGCUUCGACGAGGAUUUGCCGCCUCUGCCACUUCCCGCGGAGUACUACGUCGAAUUGCCUCUGCCGCAGGAGGAUCAGGAACAAAUGCCACCGCCUCCAGCUCCGGCUCCAGUUGAAUCAAUACAGGCCAUUCGACGGCCCAGAACGCGCCAGCAGCGUCGCACGGAGAGCCAGCUGCUACAUCCCAUCACCACCGCCCCUCCGGAGGACAGCAAGGCGUCCUUGCGGCUGCUGAUGCAGCAGCUGCCGCCUCCUGCGGACGUCGAGGUGACCCGCAUCCCGAAGAGAACCCAACGCGUCGUACGCACAUUACCCCCGUCCUUCGGAACCACUAAGCAGAGAGAGGAGAAUUUCAAUGGUUUUAGCAAGACUGCGAAUUCGUGGCGUAAGUCGAGGGCCAGCUGGCGACACUUCUGUCUGCUCAUCAACGGAGUGCAGCAGGUGCUCAAAAAUAGGUUCAAGAAGAAACGCCGCGUCUACUGCCUGCCCAACAUUAAGUUGGAAAAGCUUGACUUUGCUUACGAAAAGCCGCUGACUUUCCCGCGGCCCAAGCAAUCGCAACUGAAGCGCGCCAAGCGGGAGCCCAAGGUGCCGCGACCGCCGACGCGAGUGCAACCGGAGAGGGCGCGGGCGCUGCGGCAGCGGUAUGUGUUCCAAUGACAUGAGGAUGACAACGACGACGAUGACGACGUGCUGGAGGUGGUGGAAAUCAAGAACGAGCCGCUGGACGAGAAGGAGGAGCAACUGCAAGCGGUGCUGCAGUGGGAGGGCGACUUCAGACGGCCACGGAUGUACAGCUGACGACAGACAUUGACCCAAUGGCCCUACCAGGACAACGACGACCACACCCCGGGCAAAACUGUGGGCAAAGACCCCUUGGGGUUCUGCACCCAACAACAAACCCACUAACAACAACCCUCUUAAACAAUCGAGAGCAUGAGUGGAAGGAUCCGCAAGAUGCACCAAAGAUCCUGUCAAUAAUUAUUUUCAAGUUUGUUAUGCAUUAGUCUAAGUUGAGAUAACUCAUUUUGCUAACCCCAUUUUCGACCACACGAAAAACGGAAACCAACUUAACACAUAAGUAUAAAAGGAGGGGAGACCGCAACGUCCUUAUAAGUGUUUUAUAUAUGCGAUUUGUUGUGCUAGUUAAUUAUUUCAAUAGCCUAAAUGUAAAAAGUCAGACACAAGAAACGGAAACUAUACAAAGGCAACAUUUUGCAUGGAUCUUAGAGCGGUAAAGACAUUGAAACGAAACGAUUACAGAUACCGACAACAGAACACAAUCACUAAUAUCAUUAUUACGAUUUGCAAUUAGUUUAGUGCAAAAUUAUGUUUAAGCCAGACUUUGAAGAAGAAAUACAAGCCCCCAUAUACACAAACAUUUGCUUUAAGUUGUGCUCUAUACUAAGUUAUAUUUUUUAUUCCUAACGCUGCAUUCUCAGCACUACCCAACAACUAACUCAAAAUCCCGCCCAGUAUAUAUUGCCGUCUGCAAUCGGGAUAAGCUAACCAACCCAUUUGAUCCCGAUUGAACAUGGCAAUGUUUCCUAACUACGUUAAAAUCAUUUCAGUUAAACCUAAAGGGAAAAAGAAGCAACGCCCGAAGAACCAUUUUCACAUGAAACUGCGAAGUUAUUUUUCGAGGCCGAGCCAAAAAUGUGUUUUUUGCACACGAAAAUUAUCAAGAAACAAAAAUAGUCGUAGAGUUGUUAAGGGAAAACCAAUAUAUUUGUUUUGUUAAGUAUUUUUGAUUGUUUAAAUUUGCCGCAUAACCUGUAACUAAGUUAGUUAAAUCAAUGGAAACCGAUGAAAUCUAAAUAAACUUUAAAAAAAUUA